AUGACAAACGUUGGAGUUUAUGAAACCCGUCAACAACCCGAAAACACUUACAACCCACAAGACUACACACCACAAUUGGUGUAUAUUGUUCCGGUACAACGAGAAGUGAAUUGUGGGAAUACAACACCUGGUGUAUUCUAUUUUGUUCUUGGGUUUUUCUGCUGUUGCUUUUGGGCGUGCGGGUAUAGCCAAACCAAACACGCGUCGGACAAGCAAGAAAAAACACUGGGGAAAGUAUCUCUUGUGCUGUUUAUAAUGUCAAAUGCUUUGGCGAUUUUUGUAUUUGGAUUUGUAUUACUCUGUGCUAUUGUGUGGGGAAUUGUGUUUGAAGAUGCAAAUAGUAGUAGCAGCAUCAGUUAUAAUUAA